AUGGCACUGAACCUAACAAGUUACCUAACCAAACUCCUGCGAAACCAUACCGUUUAUGCCUGUGACGGUGAUCAUUUGAGUCUCCGGUGUCCUCGGCAUUCAACAAUAAGUGUCCAAUCUGCAUAUUAUGGGCAAGCUUACCACUUGUGUAGUGCACAGCAACCUGAAGUCAUGGUGAAAGAGGCACUAAACUGUGUGGCAUCUACUACCUUGCAGAAAGUAUUCGAUGAAUGCCAGGACCUGAGAGACUGCCAACUCCUUGUUAAUAGUCGACUUUUUGGAUCUGAGUUAUGUCCAGGAGUCACUAAAUACCUCCUAGUCUCCUUUAAGUGCCGACCUAGUGAAUAUAAAACUAGAUCAGUGUGUGAAAAUGAAGAACUGAAACUACACUGUCAUGAAUCAAAAUUUCUUAACAUCUACUCAGCCUCUUAUGGCAGGUCUGCCCACGAGAUGCACUUCUGUUCAACAAAAAUGAAUCACCUUCCCCAAUAUGAUUGUUUUUCCUAUUCAGCUUUAGAAGUCUUGUCAAAGAAGUGCUAUGGGAAACAAAGGUGUAAAGUUAUUGCUAACAGCCAUAACUUUGGAAGACCAUGCAUGCCUGGGGUGAAAAAAUAUCUCAAUGUCAGCUAUGCAUGUGUUCCCAGAUUCAUAUUGGCAGCAGUUGAUCCAAUGGUUACCAUACUCCCUCCCUCUUGGAAGCCAAAAGAAGUUGAAUAUGAUAUAAAUUUUGAUCCAAAAGAAUCAAGAAUUCCAAAGAAGGAAGGAAUUAUAAUUAGCAGCAGUUUGGCUACAUUUGCAUACAUUAGAGAUCACCUUGAAAGAGCUGCUCUCUUGUUUGUGUCUAGUGUUUGUGUUGGCCUAAUGCUCACACUUUGUGCUCUGGUAAUGCACAUUUCUUGCUGCGAUGAUGUGUUAAAGCUACGGAGGAUGAAAAAGCAUCUGGUGCUAGAAAAUCAGAAGGCUGAUGGAAACAAUGAAGAUGAGGAAGAAGAGGAAGAGGAAGAGAGAGAGGAAUCUUCUGUUUCAGAUUUUACUGAUGAACUAACAGGGUUAUGCAGGACUUCAUAUACAGCUUAUUGUGCCCUGGAUGCAGCCGAAUUGGCUGAGAGGAUAGAGCGGCGAGAACAGAUCAUGCAAGAAAUCUGGAUGAACAGUGGCUUGGAAGCAUCUCCUACCAGAAGCUUCAGCCCAUUCUAUAUCAAUGAACAGCAGUGCAUUUGUUUUGGAUAACAUGCACUUCUUUUCUUAAACUACCUUCUGUGAAGGAUCAUCUGCAAUUUAAUGUAAUAAUUAUUACAAAGCUAUAUAAAUAAUUAUUUAAAAUACCUUAAAACAGGUUUUAGUUUGACAUAUUUUGAAUGCUGGCCUUCAGUUUAUCCUAUUUAUUUUACCUCUGAACUGGUUUAUAAUUGUUUGAAAAUUAGAACCUAUGUUAAAAAAACAGCACUACAUAUAUUUGCACUAAAUUUUGGAGCAUAAAAGGUAAGGUUGAUACAGCUAAGAUCACCAUGCAGAUUUUUUUUUCAUAAUAGCUUGUAGACAUAUUCCAUUAGUUCAAGCUAAUCAAAUCUAAAUGUAUUCCUGUCUUGAAAAUGUGCUAUAUUUUAUUGCAAUCUGCAGGAAGCUUGAAGAACAAAAGGAGGAAA